UUCGAGCCGCAGAAAAAGGAUAUCCGUGUUCUGAUGGAAAAUGUGGCGCGGUUCCCAGGGAUGGAGGAGAAAAGUGGUUCCAUUCAAAAAAAUGUAAGGAGAUUUUUGAGAAAGUAAUAAGAAAUCGCAAACUAAUCAACGAGGCCUACACUUUUUUAACCGGCAAUGCGGGUAAUGGCAAUCAAAAUCCGGGGGGCGGUGGAGGUCAAACACCAGAUCCAGCCAGAAUUAGAAGUUUGCGACCGUUGUGGAAAAAAAUACGAUUUCAGCCAGAAAUUUCCUAA